UGGAAUGACUUAUAAAGUCUUUUUUGAUGACUUUAAGCUAUAUAUGCACUCUUCAAGUCCCGGUCAAAAGUCUGAAGUCUUUGAAAGAUUUAGAAUGACUUACGAAGUUUUUUUUAAAGACUUCAAGAGUGCGCAGCCCCUCGGUAUCACCUCGCCGGCUACGCGCUCAUCCUCAUCGUCUUCCACGUGCUCGCCUUUGCCCUUCACGUGUUUGCCGGGUAGUUUGACGUAUAGUCGCGAUCGCGCUAGUCUUUUCCUCUACCCCCCCCCUUUUUUUUAAAUCUAUUUUCGAUAUUAGCUUUUCAUCAUACCUUUUUUUUACUUCUUCUUUUGCCAUUUGUCCGGAUGUUGAAUUGUGUCUUUAUUUUUUCACAGCAUAUUUUUUAACAUAACUAUGUACCGUUUAUUUUUACUCGUCAUUCGUCACAAGUACUCGAUAUACCUAUAUUUAUGGCGCCUUACAUAAGGGCCUGCAAAAGGUACGACGAGAACAUCGAUGCCUGCAUCACGAACUCGAUCGAACUGUUGCGGGAGAAAUUGUCGGAGGGCAUUCCCGAGCUCGACGCCCCGGCCAUCGAGCCCCUCUACCUCGACCAGAUCAGGCUCCUGCGCGGACCCCACGGAGCGCGUCUCGACAUCAACGUCACCGGCCUCAAGGUAUACGGACCGUCAACGUUCAAAGUGCAAGAUUUGAAAGCUGACACCGACAACGUCAAGUUUACAUUUAAAGUUGGCUUCGACCGACUGACUUUCAAGGGAAAAUACUCCAUCGACGCGAGACUACUGCUCCUGAGGCUGGCUGGGAGUGGAGAUCUUUCGGGAAAUUUUACCGAUUAUAAGUCAGAUGUCAUACUGACUGCUCGCAAGAUUCACCGGAACAACGACACGUAUCUGAGCUUUAAUAAGAUGAAACUAGAUAUAACCAUUAAAAGCGCCAAAGUUUACCUCAGCAAUCUCUUUGGAGGAGAUCCUAUUCUUGGUCCAGCAAGCAACGAAAUAUUGAACGCCAACAGUGCGAUAUUCUUGGAUGAAUUGAGACCCGUACUGGAGCAAUCCCUCUCCGAUUUAUUUACGAAUGUGGCUAAUAAAAUUACACGGUCGUUCACCUACAAUGAAUUGUUUCCUUUAUAAUAAUGAAUUUUAUUUUUUAAAUUAGAUUGCAAC